UCUGUUUUCAAAUCGUAUUCAUAAAAUAAAUCUUUCCCACAAAGAUGGCUGUCACUCAAACGAAUCCAAAUCUUUUCUGUUCCCGCGAGCUUGAUGCCUCUUCUCCCCUUCCCUUAUUUCCUUUCCUUGACCCUUCCCUUACCCUAUCUUCUCCAAACUCUCCUCGCUCCAUUUCCUUCUCCCUCAUCAUCUCACAUUAUUAUCAACCAAAACCCAAACACAAAAAAUAGAAAAACAGAAAACAGAAAACCAAAACACAAACUAGAAAACAAAAAACAGAAAAUCAAACAUGACAUUGUACAUGCCAUUGUUCAGGUCAUGUUCUACCUUAAGGUCCCUCUCCCAACUCCACGCCCACCUCGUUGUCACUGGUCUCCACAGCGACCCACUUGCCUCCACCAAGCUCCUCGAGUCCUACGCCCGAAUGGGUUCUCUCCACUCAUCAAGACUCGUUUUUGAAACCCACCCAUCACCCGAUUCCUUCAUGUUCGGCGUCCUCAUCAAGUGUUACCUCUGGCACCACCUGUUUGACCAAGUGGUUUCGCUUUACCACCACCACAUUCAAAAGGGUUCACGCCUCACCCAAAACUGCACCUUCCUCUACCCUUCUGUUAUCAAAGCUAUUUCUGUCGUUGGGGGCUUGGUUGUGGGCAGGAAAGUGCAUGGGAGGAUUGUUAAAACUGGACUUGGCACUGAUCAUGUCAUUGGCACUUCGUUGUUGGGAAUGUACGGGGAAUUGGGGUGUUUGAGCGACGCUCGCAAGGUGUUUGAUGAAAUUCGUGUAAGGGAUUUGGUUUCAUGGAGUUCGGUUGUUGCGUGUUAUGUUGAGAAUGGGCGGCCGAGAGAAGGGUUGGAGAUGUUGCGUUGGAUGGUUUCCGAGGGGGUUGGACCAGACUCGGUUACGAUGCUCAGCGUAGCUGAGGCUUGUGGUAAAGUUGGUUGUCUGAGGUUGGCAAAAUCGGUGCAUGGAUAUGUGAUCAGGAAAGAGAUGGCUGGUGAUGCGAGUUUGAGGAAUUCUCUUAUUGUUAUGUAUGGUCAGUGUAGUUACUUGCGUGGAGCAAAAGGGAUGUUUGAAAGUGUCAGUGAUCCCAGUACUGCUUGUUGGACUUCUAUGAUUUCAUCGUGUAAUCAAAACGGAUGCUUUGAGGAGGCUAUUGAUGCUUUUAAGAAAAUGCAGGAAUCGGAAGUGGAAGUUAAUGCAGUGACAAUGAUUAGUGUUCUGUGUUGCUGUGCUAGGUUAGGCUGGUUGAAAGAGGGAAAGUCUGUUCAUUGCUUUAUUUUGAGGAGAGAAAUGGAUGGUGCUGAUCUUGAUCUAGGGCCUGCACUGAUGGAUUUCUAUGCUGCAUGUUGGAAAAUAAGCAGUUGUGAAAAGCUUCUCUGUUUAAUUGGAAACAGCAGUGUUGUAUCAUGGAACACACUCAUAUCAAUUUAUGCACGGGAGGGUUUAAACGAGGAGGCCAUGGUGCUCUUUGUAUGUAUGUUGGAAAAGGGGCUAAUGCCGGACUCAUUUAGCUUAGCAAGUUCAAUUUCAGCUUGUGCAGGUGCUAGUUCAGUACGAUUUGGACAGCAGAUACAUGGUCAUGUCACGAAAAGAGGCUUCGCAGAUGAAUUUGUUCAGAACUCCUUGAUGGAUAUGUAUUCAAAAUGUGGCUUUGUGGAUUUGGCAUACACAAUUUUUGACAAGAUUUGGGAGAAAAGCAUUGUGACAUGGAACUGUAUGAUUUGUGGGUUUUCACAAAAUGGAAUUUCAGUAGAAGCACUCAAGCUAUUUGAUGAGAUGUGUUUCAAUUGUAUGGACAUUAAUGAAGUGACCUUCUUAAGUGCAAUUCAAGCAUGCUCCAAUUCAGGUUAUCUUCUGAAGGGAAAAUGGAUUCACCAUAAGCUCGUUGUAUCUGGUGUGCAGAAGGAUCUUUACAUUGAUACAGCUCUGGUUGACAUGUAUGCCAAGUGUGGAGACCUUAAAACGGCUCAAGGUGUUUUCAAUAGCAUGCCAGAGAAAAGUGUGGUGUCAUGGAGUGCCAUGAUUGCUGCAUAUGGCAUACAUGGUCAAAUAACUGCUGCCACCACCCUCUUCACUAAAAUGGUAGAGUCACAUAUUAAACCAAACGAAGUAACCUUCAUGAAUAUCUUAUCUGCCUGCAGGCAUGCUGGAUCAGUGGAAGAAGGGAAGUUCUAUUUUAACUCAAUGAGGGAUUAUGGCAUAGUGCCUAAUGCAGAACAUUUUGCCUCUAUAGUUGAUCUUCUAAGCCGUGCCGGUGAUAUUGAUGGAGCUUAUGAGAUAAUUAAGUCAACAUGUCAGCAUAUAGAUGCUAGCAUAUGGGGUGCUUUGCUUAAUGGGUGUAGAAUACAUGGGAGGAUGGACUUGAUUCAUAACAUCCAUAAAGAACUUAGAGAAAUAAGAACAAAUGAUACAGGAUACUACACGUUGUUAUCUAACAUAUAUGCUGAGGGAGGAAACUGGUAUGAAUCCAGAAAGGUGAGAUCAAGGAUGGAAGGAAUGGGACUGAAGAAGGUCCCGGGGUACAGUUCAAUUGAGAUAGAUGAUAAAAUUUACAGGUUUGGAGCCGGAGAUACUUCUUCUGCAUGGCAAAUGGAUGAAAUUUACAGAUUUUUAGAUAAUUUUCAAAGUUUGGCACGGGAACAAGGAUGUGAUGUACAAUGCUAUGGUACAAUGCAUAGUAGUUUCAUGUUUUCUGAGGAUUUUAGUGUUUAUAACUUGCAGAGAGAAACUAGCAAUUGCAUUUUGAACAAAUCACUGAAACUAGUACCAUUUUAGAAUGAUGUUAUACUUUUAGGAAUUUCUAUAAAGUGAUUAUUCUGUUCUGUCAUUACUGCAGUUCAAGGCCAGCAACGUAUAGGAGAAUAUUUAUAAUAUAAUUUAUGUAACGUAGCCAUCUAUGAUUGCUACCUUAGAGCUUAA